GUUCCUUUGUUGCCACUAACCCACAGGCUUACGUCCCAUCAUCAUUCCCCGUUCUCUUUUUAUUUUCUCUAAUCGCCGACGAUUAUCUCUUUCGUCCGGCGAUAGCUAUUUUGUCUCUUCAAAUCCCCAUAGACCAAUACUCAACUCUUCAUCUCCAUGUCUCCUCAAUCUCAUUUCUCUCCUUAGUGAUUGAGCUUUUUCCUUCUUUCUCUUUGGUUAUUAUUCCUUCUCCUCCUCCGUCGUGUUUUUGAUUGAUUUCAGAAUCUAAAUCUCCGUUUGAUUUCUCCAUACUCGUGCUGAUUUUCACCUAUGUAAUGUGAUUUAUGAGCUCUGUUUAUUUCAAAUCGACGGCGAUCGUUGAAUUUAUUGAUCAAUGUGUAAGUAAGAGCUUGAAGAAAUAGUUUUUGUUGUUGUUGUGAAAGCUCAGAGUUUUGUUUGCUUUUUUGUUGACUUUUUUGAGAUUGAUGCUGGAUCUCAAUCUCGACGUCGACUCGACCGAGUCUACUCAGAACGAACGAGAUUCGAUUACUGUUAAAGGGGUUUCUUUGAAUCAGAUGGAUGAAUCGGUGACGUCGAACUCUUCUGUUGUUAAUGCUGAAGCUUCUAGCUGUAUAGAUGGUGAAGAUGAGUUGUGCUCUACACGAACGGUCAAGUUUCAAUUUGAGAUACUGAAAGGAGGAGGAGAAGAAGAAGAAGAAGAUGAUGAUGAAAGAAGUGCUGUGAUGAUGACUAAGGAGUUUUUUCCUGUUGCUAAAGGCAUGAACUUUAUGGAUUCGAGCGCUCAAAGUUCAAGGAGCACCGUUGAUAUUUCCUUCCAGAGGGGGAAACAAGGUGGAGACUUUAUAGGUAGCGGGAGCGGUGGUGGCGAUGCUUCACGGGUGAUGCAGCCACCAUCACAGCCGGUGAAGAAAAGCAGGAGAGGUCCUAGGUCUAAGAGUUCUCAGUAUAGAGGCGUCACUUUCUAUCGGAGGACAGGCAGAUGGGAAUCGCAUAUCUGGGAUUGCGGUAAACAAGUUUAUUUAGGUGGAUUUGAUACUGCCCAUGCUGCAGCUAGGGCGUAUGAUCGAGCUGCUGUCAAAUUCCGGGGUCUGGAAGCUGACAUCAAUUUCGUUAUUGGCGAUUAUGAAGAGGAUCUCAAGCAGAUGGCGAAUCUUUCCAAAGAGGAAGUUGUGCAAGUACUUCGGCGACAGAGCUCUGGUUUCUCAAGGAAUAAUUCUAGAUAUCAAGGAGUUGCUUUGCAAAAGAUUGGCGGGUGGGGAGCUCAAAUGGAGCAGCUUCAUGGAAACAUGGGUUGUGACAAGGCAGCCGUACAAUGGAAGGGAAGGGAAGCUGCUUCCUUAAUUGAGCCUCAUGCAUCCCGAAUGAUUCCCGAGGCAGCUAAUGUUAAGCUCGACCUCAACUUGGGAAUCUCUCUUUCACUAGGAGAUGGUCCGAAGCAAAAAGAUAGGGCCCUCCGGCUUCACCAUGUCCCUAACAAUUCCGUAUGUGGAAGGAACACCAUGGUGCAAUUUUUUCUUCAGUGCACCAAAUAUGAUUUACUUUACUUUCAUAUGCGUUUUGCUGCAACUGUUAGUCAAAUGUUUCUUUGUCGAUAUGUCAUAGCAAUCUGGAACUCAAAGAUACUGUCUCCUUUGCUAGCUCGAGCCCUCAUGUUUUUUCAUUUAUUCAUGAAUUUCUUGCUCUUCAUUUGAUAUACUCACAGAUGGAGAACCACAUGGCUGCAGCGGCAUGUGAUACGCCUUUCAAUUUCUUGAAGAGGGGUUCAGACCAUCUUAAUAACCGGCAUGCCCUUCCUUCUGCGUUCUUUUCACCCAUGGAAAGAACACCAGAGAAAGGGCUUAUGUUACGUUCUCAUCAAAGCUUCCCAGCCAGGACAUGGCAAGGGCAUGAUCAGUCCAGUGGUGGGACCGCCGUAGCAGCUACAGCACCGCCACUGUUUUCAAAUGCAGCAUCAUCAGGAUUCUCACUCUCAGCUACACGCCCUCCUUCAUCCACAGCUAUUCAUCAUCCUUCUCAGCCCUUCGUCAAUCUGAAUCAGCCCGGUCUCUAUGUUAUCCACCCAUCUGAUUACAUAUCUCAGCACCAACACAAUCUCAUGAACCGCCCACAACCACCACCAUAGCUUCCUCCUUCCUCCGCAUAACUCAAGGUAAGACUUUCUUGGAAACAACAACAUUCAACUCAUCGUUUGGCUCAGCACACAAGCUGUAGUUUCCUCUUCCUGUUAUACGUUACGUUUACAAUCCAAAAGAAAAAAAAAAAAAAUUUUGAUAGAAGACCACUAAAGAAAAAGAGUUUGAGAUGUUUGUAUUCAUAUGAAUCUUGAUGGAAACAUGAAAAGUAUGAUGAAUGCUUAGCGAAUAGAAGAAGACUAAGGAAGAGUUCCAAGUUGUGUAGUAUUAUCACCCUCCUGUUUUCUGCUUCUCUGUCAAUCUCAAACACAUAUUUGAGGCAAUAGUUUUCCUAAGAUCCUACAAUACUACACGUAAUAACAUACUUUGUAUGUGAACGUGCAGGUUCUACACAGCCCUGAGGUUGGAAUAAGUUGGAAGGCCAGCCAAAACGACGCUGAAUUCUCCCAAGAUCUGUUGUACUUAUUGUCAUUGUGUGAUUUAUCUUUCUGCUUUUGAUUUGUAACAUAAACUGAGGGAUAAUACCAAAACAGAACCCAAACCCAUUUGCCAUUUUACUAUAAUGUCUCUGAUAUUAAUAUGAACAGCGUAAAGUACAAUGCAUUCUAUAUGUAUGAAUGAAGAAAGCUAUUGAGACUUGAGAGACUAUAAAUUUGUAUAGAUCUG